AUGGAGCCAUCUGUUAUGCGGUCGCUGGUCCUCUUCUUCGGCUUCUUAGCCCUGGCCGACGCCUCCCCCGUUGAGAAGCGCGGCAACAUUCAGAAGCGGUCAUUCGUCGUUCCCCGAGUACCAAACGAGAACUUCGUCGGUCACGAUGGACCGAGGCAACUGAUCAAGGCCUACCGGAAGUUCAGCAUGCCCAUUCCCCAGGGUCUGCUUGACGCAAUGGAGGCCCAGGCCGCCAAGAACCCCCAGCCCCCGGUUGCUGAUAAGGCUGAGGGCUUCAAGUCUCUCGCCGCCGGCGCGAGCAACCAGACCGCUGCCCCUGGCCAGCCCGGAACCGGCUUGGUGACAGCUACCCCGAUCCGCAACGACGUCGAAUACGUUUCGCCCAUCAAGAUCGGUGGCCAGGAGGUCAACGUCGACUUCGACAGUGGCUCUUCCGACCUUUGGGUCUUUACGUCCAUGCUGGACCCUGCCUCCCAGCAGGGCCACCAGCUGUACGACCCAACCAAGAGUCAGACCGCGGCGAUGCUUCAGGGUAACUCCUUCAGCAUUCGUUACGGUGAUGGUUCUGGCGCACAGGGCGUUGUCGGCACUGACCGUGUCGACAUCGGCGGCGCCGUUGUAGAGAAGCAGGCUAUCGAGAUGGCCACCGCAGUCUCCCAGCAGUUCGUCCAGGACACCGCAAACAACGGCCUUCUCGGUCUUGCCUUCUCCAAGCUCAACACCGUUAAGCCCCAAGCCCAAAAGACCUUUUUCGACAACGUCAUGCCCAGUCUGGCUGAGCCUGUUUUCACUGCUGACCUCCGCAAGAAGUCCGUCGGCGCCUACGAGUUCGGCCGCAUCGACAACACCAAGUUCACCGGACAGAUGGCGUGGAUCCCCGUCAACACUACCAGUGGCUUCUGGCAGUUCGGUUCCGAGAAGUUCGCCGUUGGAAACGGUCAGGUCCAGCAGGGCACCCCUGGUGCUCAGGCCAUCGCCGAUACUGGCACCACCCUCAUCUUGGCCAACCCUCCCAUGGUUCAGGCUUACUACGAGCAAGUUCAGGGUGCCAAGAACGACCAGACCGUCGGUGGUGUCACUUUCCCUUGCAACGCUCAGCUGCCCGAUCUCAUGAUGGAUAUCGGUGGUGUCUACAUGGCCCGUGUCAAGGGCAGCGAUAUUAACUUUGCCCAAGUCGAUGCUCAGACUUGCUUUGGUGGCCUGCAGGCAACUACUUCCAGGCUCCAGAUCUACGGAGACAUCAUGUUCAAGUCGCAAUUCGUUGCCUUCAACGGCGGCAACAUGUCCAUUGGCAUGGCAGAGCAUAUUGUGAACAGUCAGCAGGGUGCCGCACCCGCUGGCGGCGCACCUGGCGCACCGGCGUAA